CCCGCACGCACAUUGUCCGGGCGCGGCGGCGGCACAGCGCCCCGGCGCCCCGUGCCAAUGCGGGGCGGGCGCGGCACGCCGGGGGCGCCUCCACCACCGCGGUGGAAACUUCCCCUCGCCGCCGGGCCGACGCGCGGCUGAAGCCCCCGGCGGGGAGGAGCGGAGCGGGGUUUCGCCCGCCUGGGGGGGCGCCUMGUCUAGUUUGGUUUUUCCUCCGUUGGAAGGGCAAACGCGAAUAAUACUCUUASCCGGGUUUAAACUUCCGCGCCCCGCUCUCCAGGACGCGCAUCCCGCCCGGCUGGGUGGACGAGCCGGGGGACUUGAGCCAUUCCCAGACAAGAGGACCCUAUUUCUCUGUGGAAGCUGUUUAGCCAUCCAAAGGGUGGUGGUGCUCCUGGAAGUCCUGAGCUGGGGUCAGCUGGAAGAUGACCGAAUACAAGCUGGUGGUGGUGGGAGCAGGUGGUGUUGGRAAGAGUGCUUUGACGAUACAGCUCAUUCAGAACCAUUUUGUUGAUGAGUAUGACCCCACAAUAGAGGAUUCCUACAGAAAGCAAGUAGUCAUUGAUGGAGAGACCUGCUUGUUAGACAUCUUGGACACUGCAGGACAGGAGGAGUACAGUGCCAUGAGAGACCAGUACAUGAGAACGGGAGAAGGAUUCCUGUGUGUCUUUGCCAUCAACAACACCAAGUCCUUUGAAGAUAUUCACCAGUACAGGGAGCAGAUCAAGAGGGUGAAAGACUCAGAUGAUGUUCCCAUGGUGCUGGUGGGGAAUAAAUGUGACCUCCCGGCUCGGACAGUGGAGACCCGGCAAGCACAGGACCUGGCCCGGAGCUAUGGGAUCCCCUACAUAGAAACGUCUGCCAAAACCAGACAGGGCGUUGAGGAUGCCUUCUACACCUUGGUGCGGGAGAUCCGGCAGCAUAAGCUGCGCAAGCUGAAUCCCCCGGAUGAGAGCGGCCCUGGCUGCAUGAACUGUAAAUGUGUGGUAUCGUGACUAUGCUGAUUGGACCAUGUCUUGGAGAGGUUCCCACUGUGCAGUGCGCAAGGAAAGAGGUGAAGCGAAGGAAGAUGCAAAUGGAUUCAGAGGAGUAUAGAGAGGGGGAGAGGAGGAGGAGGAAGAGGACAGGGGGAGCAUGACCUCCUCCAAGGACUAUCUCGCACUUCACCCAAGCCUGCGGCAAACAACAUUUUUUUUUCUUUUUUUUUUUUUUUAUCCCCAUCCCCUCAUCCUUUGGCCUCCUCCCAUUCUGGCAACUGUACAAAACCACAGAUUGAAUCACAGUAAAUUAUUAUUUGAUCGUCUCAACAAA